ACACACACACACACACACACACACACACACAGCUCUGCCGCGCCCCCGCCCCACCGGGCUCAGUGAUCAGCACCCAGGACAGCGCCACCCGCCCGCGUGCGGGGGCGGGGUCCGGGCGGGGCCAGCGCCUGGGCGUCUCCCGGGAGGGUCCGGUCCAGCCGCUGAGCAGGGCUCUUGGGUACCUCCACAGAAAGGACCGUGAGACCCCGCCGCCAUGUUCCCGGAGCCCCCAACCCCAGGGCCUCCAGCGCCCGACACGCCUCCGGACUCGAGUCGCAUCGGCCUGGGCCCUGUACCCCCCUGGGCCCUGGCCACAAUCGUUCUGGUCUCAGCCCUGCUCGUCUUCAGCUGCUGUUUCUGCCUCUACCGCAAGCGUUGUCGGAGGCGGUCUGGCAAGAAGAUUCAGGCCCAAGCCCAGGUCCACCUUCAGGAAGUGAAGGAGCUGGGACGGAGUUACAUAGACAAGGUGCAGCCGGAAGUGGAGGAGCUGGAGCCAGCACCGUCUGGGCCAGGGUCGCAGGUGGCAGAGAAGCACGAGCUAGGACGACUGCAGUACUCACUCGAUUACGAUUUCCAGAGUGGACAGCUGCUGGUGGGCAUCCUGCAAGCCGAGGGCCUGGCGGCCUUGGACCUGGGCGGCUCCUCCGACCCCUAUGUGCGGGUCUACCUGCUGCCAGACAAGCGGCGGCGGCAUGAGACCAAGGUGCAUCGGCAGACGCUCAACCCACACUUUGGGGAGAACUUUGCGUUCAAGGUCCCCUACGUGGAGCUGGGGGGCAGGGUACUGGUCAUGGCGGUGUACGACUUCGACCGCUUCUCCCGCAACGAUGCCAUUGGGGAGGUGCGGAUCCCCAUGAGUUCCGUCGACUUGGGGCGGCCGGUGCUGGCCUGGCGAGAGCUGCAGGCAGCUCCUCGGGAGGAGCAGGAGAAACUAGGUGACAUCUGCUUCUCCCUCCGCUAUGUCCCUACGGCCGGGAAACUCACCGUCAUCGUCCUGGAGGCUAAGAACCUGAAGAAGAUGGACGUAGGGGGGCUCUCCGAUCCAUAUGUCAAGGUCCACCUGCUUCAAGGCGGCAAAAAGGUGCGGAAGAAGAAAACGACCAUCAAGAAGAACACUCUGAACCCCUAUUACAAUGAGGCCUUCAGUUUUGAGGUGCCCUGUGACCAGGUGCAGAAGGUCCAGGUGGAGCUGACCGUGCUGGACUAUGACAAGCUGGGCAAGAACGAGGCCAUCGGGAGGGUGGCGGUAGGGGCGGCGGCAGGGGGAGCCGGCCUGCGGCACUGGGCAGACAUGCUGGCCAGCCCCCGGCGGCCCAUUGCCCAGUGGCACUCCCUGCGGCCCCCCGACCGAGCGAGGCCGCUGCCUGCACCCUGAUCCCCAACGCCAGCCCCUUGCCAAGCCCGGACUCGGCCCCUGACCUCAGACUCCUGGCCAAAGCCAGGCCCGGGUCUGCCUUUAAGCCUUCUCUGACCGCUCACCACCCCCACUCCGCCCAACCUGACACAGUCCUGCCGUCCCAUCCCCCAUCAUACCAGUCGUGGUAAUUGCCAACUCUCCCACCAAGCACAUACCCAGAAGCCCCAGGGACCCCUGGGGGAGGGGAGCCAUCUGGUCUCCCCCACCCCCAGGGUCCCACGCUCUGCUUUGACAAUCAGUGACCCAGCCUCCUACCCCCUUCGCUCCCAAGUGCCCCUCUUCCUGCACAGGAUCACCCGCUCCUGUCCCUAGUCGGAUUCCUGCACUGCUCCAGGACCAAAUAAAUACUCAGCAACUUUG